AGUCUCUGCCGAUACAGAUCAUCCUCCGCUCUUUCUUAGCAGUCGCUCCUCUGUCUCGUUCCUCUUCUCUCUCCCCUUCUUUCUCUCUCUAGACUUCCUCUGCCCCACCCCCUUCCCUCUCUUUCUCUCUCUAUGGAGCUUCUCUUUCACCGCCAUUGCAGUUCUAGGGUUUCGUCGCUCUGAUCUCUCAGAUCUUCUGUCUCGUCUCAUUCUGUUUUCUAGGGUUCGAUUUCUAGAUCUGUUCUUUCCCCUUCUUUUCUGAUACUUUGUUUCUCUUUGCGAUUUAGGGUUUCUUUUUCUGCGUUCUUUUGGAUUUUCCGGGCAAAGUUUCGGUUUUUCUUUAGCGUCAGGUCCGUUCUGUCUCCGCGUCCGAUCAAUUUAAGUUUAGGUUGGUCUUGGGACUUUGUUCGUGUCGGCAUGGCGAGUACUCAGGUUUCAAGUUCCCCACCGCCCCCUCAGCCGUUGGCGAAGCAGUGCGGUGUGACGAAACCAAUUUCCACUGCGGGGCCUAGCGAAGCAGAUUUGCUGAGAAAUCUGGAGUUAGAGAAGUAUUUGCUUAAAGCGGGGCUUUAUGAGAGCAAGGAAGAGGCUGCUAAGAGAGAAGUGGUACUUGGGCGGAUUAAGCAGAUUGCAAAGGAUUGGGUUAGGCAACUUACGCGCUUGAGAGGAUACACUGAUCAAAUGGUGGAGGAUGCCAAUGCUGUCAUAUUUACUUUUGGCUCUUAUCGACUUGGGGUACAUGGUCCUGGAGCUGAUAUAGACACUUUAUGUAUUGGGCCAUCUUAUGUAAAUCGGGAGGAAGACUUCUUCUUUAUAUUGCAUAACAUGCUUGCGGAGAUGGAAGAAGUUACUGAACUACAACCUGUUCCGGAUGCUCAUGUUCCAGUAAUGAAAUUUAAGUUUGAAGGAAUAUCAAUUGAUCUUCUUUAUGCGAGUAUCUCUCUCUUGGUUGUACCUGAAGACUUGGACAUCUCCCAUCUGUCUGUGUUGUACAAUGUUGAUGAGCCAACUGUUCGGAGUCUAAAUGGCUGCAGGGUUGCAGAUCAAAUUCUUAAACUUGUUCCAAAUGUUGAGCAUUUUUGCACAACACUCCGAUGUUUAAAAUUCUGGGCCAAAAGGCGUGGUGUCUAUUCUAAUGUUACUGGAUUUCUUGGUGGCGUAAACUGGGCGCUUCUUGUUGCUCGAGUGUGCCAGCUUUAUCCCAAUGCAGUGCCCAGUAUGCUAGUGUCCAGAUUUUUCAGAGUUUAUACACUAUGGCGUUGGCCAAACCCUGUGAUGCUGUGUGCAAUAGAAGAGGAUGAAAUAGGAUUUUCUGUUUGGGAUCCUCGUAAAAAUCCUAAGGAUCGGACUCAUCACAUGCCAAUAAUAACACCUGCUUACCCUUGCAUGAAUUCUAGCUACAAUGUCUCAACCAGUACUCUCAGGGUCAUGAUGGAGCAGUUUCAAUAUGGUAACAGGAUUUGUGAGGAGAUAGAGCUGAACAAGGCCCAGUGGAAUGUGCUGUUUGAGCCAUACUUGUUCUUUGAAAGCUAUAAAAAUUACCUGCAAGUUGACAUUGUUGCAGAGGAUGUUGAUGAUUUGCGUGCUUGGAAAGGCUGGGUGGAAUCUCGGCUUAGACAGCUGACUCUGAUGAUAGAGCGAGAUACAUACGGGAAGUUGCAGUGCCAUCCCUACCCACAUGAUUAUGUGGAUACGUCCAAGCAGUGCUCCCAUUGUGCCUUCUUUAUGGGUUUGCAGAGGAAGCAGGGAGAGAUUAUUCAGGAAGGUCAGCAGUUUGAUAUACGUGGGACGGUCGACGAGUUCAGGCAUUCAGUAAAUAUGUACAUGUUUUGGAAACCAGGGAUGGAAAUCUAUGUUUCUCAUGUCCGUAGAAAGCAGAUUCCUUCUUACGUUUUUCCUGAUGGUUACAAACGACCUCGACCACCAAGGAUGACAGGUCAACAGCUGGCUGAAAAAUCAAUUCAAGAAAAUGGUGAUGGAUUAAGAGCUGGGUCUGGGGAGAGGCGCCUUAAAAGGAAAAAAGAUUUUGAAGGGAUGGAUGCAAAGCAAGAUAAAUCCGAAAAACGACUUUCUAUUAGCCCACAAAGGCGGGAUUCAGUUUCUCCUGAAAUUAUCAGCCAUGGAGUUGUUGGUACAUCUCCGGAGUGUCAGGCACCAACCUUUGUCAGAGUAAAGGAAGAUUCUGAUGUGAAUGGAGCAUGCAGUGUUGGCAUUGGUGAAAUGGAAAGACAUGAAGUGUCCAAUGUUGCCCCUGCUGAACCAGAUAAACAGGUAAAGCACAUUGAAAAUGUGGAGGCUGGAAUCAUCGCAAACUCCAGUGUCGUGCCAAACUUUACUAGUGAUGUCAGUUCGUCUGAAGAUGCUGGAUUUGAGACAGUAGCUAGCAGAGAAGGGAACACAGAGAGUGCUGAAGGAAGUGACAACCAGGGAUCUUUGCAGGGUCAUUCAUGUGAUGCAGAUGCGAACUUGCUGGGAAAUGGUUGUGUAAAUGGCAAUGGAGCAUUCCAGGAUGGAUUGCAGGAAGAGUUAGAGCCAAAUGCUGCGCUUGGGAUGGUACUGAAUUCCAGGGGUGGAGUGAACUCAGAACCUGUGCAAAAACCUGUGAUAAGGCAUGUUGAGUCUGACGUCAACAGCCUGAGAGGGGUGAGAGAGCGAACUGAAAAAUUGGAUCAUACCAGGUUGUGGAACCAUAUCAAGUCAUCAGCUAGAUCAGAAGAGAGACUGAAAGCCAGCAGUUCAGGUAAGCAUUAUGUUAAUUGCUGGCUUUCAUUUCUUUCUAUUUUACAGGCGCAUUGUUGUGUUAUGAUCUAAGUGGGGGACUGGAAAGCAACUGCAGCAAUUCGAAGAAGAACGCUGUGGACAGUGCUGUGUCGUGUACAGUGUAGUUUUUCUUGUAUUAUGCUUUGUGGCUGUGUGCCUUUAAAAAGGGUGUGAGCUCUUGCUCCAUACACUCUCAGAAGAGUGAGGUGCAGAUAUUAUGCUCUACUAACACUUUUUGGGGCAGUAAGGAGCAUAUGAUUCUUCUCUGCGAGUGUGUGAAAAGUGCUCCGGGAGUGAGUGAGUUCUUUUUUUCUUUCUGUUUUUUUUUUUUUUUUUUAAAUUUUUUAAUUUUUGAGGUGGAGUUGGGGUCGUAGGGUUUUUGUUUAUAUGAACAGAGGAAAACAAUUCGAGGUGUGGGUGUAUUUGAGGUUGUAGGGGUUCAGUUUUUCUCCUCUGGUCCUCUUCCCAACCUUCUUAUGUACACUUGAUGCCUUGUAAUAAUAUAUAUUACAAUCCCUAUC